GAAAACAAUCCAGCAGCACGGAGCUUCUUGCAGAGCAAAUAUCCGGAUCUCCCACGUCAGAACUGGAAGGUCAUUUAUCCGCAGGCUUCUGACGCGCAGUGCGACCUCCUAGAUCGGCUCUUACAAUUUGAUCCGAACAAGCGACUGACUGCGCAUGACGCCUUGCGUCAUCCAUAUCUGGAAGAGCACCACGACGAGGAGGAGGAGCCUAUUGCCACGGGCCACCUCGACUGGAGCUUUGAUGAA